UCUUUUUAAGGCCGUGUGCUUGCAAGCGAGCAGUGCUCAAUCACAGCAGGCAGCUGAAAGAGGAAAAAAUAAGCUCAGUCAUCCCUGCAAGAUCGCAAUGGCGGCACCGGGGCGGCCGCUGGCGGUGGACUUCGAGGCGCUGAGCUACAUCAGCAGCCUGGUGGAGGCGUUCCAGGCGUUCGACUCCGACAACGACGGGCUCGUGACGGCGCCCGAGCUCCGGGGCCUGCUGGCGUCGCUGGGCCUGGACAAGUCCGAGGCCGAGGCGCGCGACAUGCUGGCGCGCGCCGACGCCGACCGCGACGGCCGGCUCAGCGUCGAGGAGCUCCUGGACGUGAUGAACGCCGGGGAGCUCGGGCUGGGCGCGCUCGGCGACCUGCUGCAGUCGGCGCUGCCCGCGCUCGAGGCCGCCGGGGGCGUGCUGGUCGGCGCGGACGAGCUCGCCAGGGCGCUCGGCGUCGUUGGCGCCGCCAGCGCUGAGGACUGCGCGGCCAUCGUCGAGUGCCUGGACGGCGACGGCGACGGCGCCAUCACCAUCGAGGAGUUCAGGCUCGUGGCCGACCUGCUCUAGAUCGAGUCUAGGCUGCCGCGCCUACGCUUGGAAGUUGGAACGGUGUCUAGUUUGCUGUGUGACCGUGCUGUUCAUCUAUGUACUGAGAUCGACAAUAAUCAAGUACGUGUUCAUCUA